AUGCCACCAAAGAAAGGAAAAGCCCCUGCCCAGCAGGAAAAUGUCCAGCUCGGACCCGGCGUCCCAGAGGGAACGCUAGUCUUUGGCGUUGCCCGCAUCUUCGCCUCCUUCAACGACACCUUCGUCCACGUCACCGAUCUGUCUGGCCGCGAAACAAUCAGCAGAGUCACGGGCGGCAUGAAAGUCAAGGCUGAUCGCGACGAGUCUUCGCCGUACGCUGCUAUGUUGGCUGCUCAGGACGUCGCAACCCGCUGCAAGGAAAUCGGCAUCAACGCCCUCCACAUCAAGAUCCGCGCCACCGGCGGCAACCGCACCAAGACGCCCGGCCCCGGCGCUCAAUCGGCGCUGCGCGCGCUCGCCCGUGCCGGCAUGAAGAUCGGCCGCAUCGAGGACGUGACGCCCACGCCAUCCGACUCGACCCGCAAGAAGGGCGGUCGCCGCGGUAGGCGUCUAUGAGCGUGGUGGUGGAGAGAUGGACAACCUACGUACUGGGUUCAUUGGUGGGGUGUCUGAGGUCUGGGGAAGAGAAUUCUGGUUGGAACUGGCGACGGAACGACUUUUUUCCUUCUGGAGUCCAGGGAUGGGCUAAGCUGUGAAAGCGGAAAAUAUCCACCAAUACGGAAUCAAUGAAAAUUAUUGAACG